UCAAAGUCGGUCUUGAUGUUGAAGUCAUCGCCGGGCUCAUCCUUGACUGGCUCGGUGGUGGGAGCUGCGUCGGGCAAGACCGAGUCACUCUGCGGCUCUGCCUUGACCGGCACCGAUUCGGCCACAUUGUUCGCGACUUUCGCCGCCGCUGUGGCGGUGUCGUCGUCCGCUUCGCCGUCGUAGCUGCGGUACGUCUUAGUAAGGUUGUAAAGCGACGUGAUGGGGUGGAGGGUGAAGAGCACUCACAGAUCGGCGAAGAGGUCU